AUGCCAUCUGAUCAAUCAACAGUACAUUAUUUAUUUUGUGAUAGUAUAAAACCAUGUGAAAUUAUUAUUCAAUUAUCAGUUAUUUAUCAAUGGCCAUUACCUGCUGUAAAACAUUCAACUACAUCUACUAAUUCACAUAUGCUUGAAACAGAAGAACCAAAUGAACAGAACAAUACACAAGUGUUACCGGUAACUAAUACAUCAACUUCAUUUAUUGGAGAUUAUACUAAUUUACAAUCUCAAAAUAAUUCCCCAGUUGAUUCUCAAUAUAAUAUGAAUCCAUCUGUACAGUUGUCAUCAUCAUCAUCAGCAUCAGCAUCUACUCAACUUCCAUCAUCCUUGUUAAUUGAAUCCUAUCAUUGGCAUCAAUCAAAACAAGGUGAUCCAAUUAAAUAUUUGGAAACUACUGGAAAUAGUUCUAUUUCUCUUUUAUUACCAUCUAGUCGUUAUUCUUAUAAGCUAAUUAUUACUGCACCAUUAGGUUAUUUCAUUACAAUUAUUGGACGUGUACGUUCAACAGGUUUGAAUAAUUCAAGUGAACAGUUUAUUGAGAAGCAUAUUUCUUCUACAAAAACUAUUACAUCUAUGAAUCUGUUAUUUGGUGAUUAUGAUUAUAUUUUAACAAAUGGUAUUAUAACAUGUCCAUUAUUAAUUAAAUAUUAUGCUAAUCAAUGUAUUGAUUCAAUGUUCAAUGCUGGACAAACAUUGGAACAAUUGAUCAAUUUAAUUGAAGCCUAUGAUAAACAAAUUCAUGAAUCGGUUGUUACUACUACUACUACUCAGAAUAUUAGUAAUAAUAAUAAUAAUACUGAAUUGGAGUUUAUAGAAAAAGUUACAAGUGUUCUGACGCAUUUAGAUGUUCAGCAAAAUGAAUUAAAACAAUUAUUAUCAAUAUGGCCUAAUCAAGAGGCAAUUAAACCAACUUUAUUGUCAAUACUUCAACAUUUAACGGAAAAUUCUGGAACACCAGAAAUGAAUUAUGCCUGGCGUAUAUUACAAACAGAUUUUACAACAGUAAAUCCAUUUCAAGUAGUCUAUGGUCAUGAAACAAUUUCAAAUCCAGCUCCUUUAGUUGUAACAAAACAAAAAUCAAAAGUCACUAGUUCACGUAAAUGGAUUCUAAUUUGUACUACUACUACUACUACUACUACUACUACUACUACUACUACUACUACUACUACUACUACUACUACUACUACUACUACUACUACUACUACUACUAAUACUACUACUACUACUACUACUACUACUACUACUACUACUACUACUACUACUACUACUACUACUACUACUACUACUACUACUACUACUACUACUAACACUACUAACACUACUACUAUCCACGUUACUACUACAAAUACACCAUAA